AUGUUUGGCUCAGCAAUAGCGGGAACAGCUGCGGGCAGAGAAGCAUGGAUCCGUCGAGUCAUCUUUGUCGGUCUAUACCUGGUGCUUCUGCAGUCUUUGGCGGAAUGUGUGCUGGUUCUGUAUCUUUAUGGAACCCGCUUGGUCGACGAGUUCAUGACCCCUAGCCUGAUAAUUGGCCUUGUAGCGUCAUUCCUCUCAGUCCCGUUUGUGGUUCUCCACACAUUGCUCUCGUGGCAGUAUCGAAAAAUACCGGGGUCGAACCUUUCUCGAAAUGCUCUUCAUAUCGCCUGCUCUCAUCUUCCUCGCAUCAUGAUUGUGAUGUGGCUUUCAGCCUCUGUGGCUGGUUUAGUCACAGUCUCAAAGCAGGCAGGCUGUCUUUCACUCUCGGAAUCCCAGCAGUUCUGGAAAGCAGGUGUCAGUUGUCAAAUUCACCGUAGCUUGGUAGUUAUAGACAUGCUGAGUUUUUUCACCUCAUCCGCGCUCUUUUUCUGCUUCCAGGUCUGCCAGAGACCCUACGACGCCUCCUUAUUAUCAAUAGGUGCGCCACAACGAGCUCCUCGUGAUGGCAGUAUCUUUUCAGAAUCAAGUUGGGAGAGUGAAACUCUAAAACAUGAGAUCUUCUACCUUUGUCGUCAUCCAGAUGCUGGCCCGGGAAACGGAGAAUUAUACUGGUCGCCGAACGAUAGUUCCCUAUUUGAGACACCGGUCCGACCACCCAGUAUUCGCUAUUCAGGUCCUAAUCUAGUUCGACCACAGCUACAUGUCAACACUCGAACCAAUUCUGUGAGACCCUCCAUCUCUACUUUACCAACAGAAUCGUCACCAAAAUCUUCGCCCCUCGACGAGGUGACUAGGUCAACUAGCUUUAGAAGUAAUGUUUCCCAAAACCCCUCUCUUGCUUCUACUCUUCGGCCGGGCACAGAAACUGCAUAUACCAGACCCUUACAGCCCGAACUUCCCGAUAUCGCCGAAAGUCCGACCAAGGUGAACCAUCAAAGGCAGAAAUCAUCGGUUUCGUCGCAAAAAUUUCUACCCAAAGGUUGGACAGCAUCAGGACUUCUAUCAGAAGAUCCACAAAUUCGUGCCCUUGCAUCCCCACCGCUGAAUUCGAUGGGGACAACUGAUGUUCCCGGAGAUUUCUCUGGAGGAAAUAUCACAGCAGAGUCAAGCCAACCAACCGAUGAUGUCGAAAAGAAAAAAGACGCUAAAGAUAGUUCUGAUGAACCUCGCACAAGGGUUCGGUCAAUGACAGAACCCAAUGGCGUUCCACCAUUUCUUCCCUCGGCACCUCUGGUCGUUAGAAAGUCACGGACAUCAUAUAUGAUGCCAAAAUCAAAGUCCAUUCACCAUCCCCAUCAUCCAGAUUACGUGCCUCCUCCACCGCCCAAGCUGAAACCACUUCAAAAUGCCGGCCAUGGUAACCCCAAGACACCUCAAAGACCCCUAAACCGCACUGGCAGCAUGAACCAUCAUGUUCAACGCCGCCAUACUUCCGGCGUCCCUCGCAACCACUCAAGUAUGCGCCAACAACACCGACAAUCUCCUUUUUCGUCCCCAAGCCCUCAUCACUCCGUUCAUCAUCCAGAGCAACAUUAUCCCAGACGAACCCAAACACAAUACCGUCGUCAACACCACCAGCACAUGGUUCAUCCCCAACCACGCCAUCCUUUGACUCCUGUUCGACCAGCGUACACCCGUCGCUUCCACUCAAACGAUGGUCGGGGAUUCGACCCAUCGCGAGCCUUGCCCCCAAUUCCAUGCAGCGACGACACAGCAACAUUGUACCCAAGCACACGACGUCCACGAAGCUCGACAUACGGCGGCGUAUCAGGCAAAGAAAGCGUAGCCGACUCCAUCCACAAAGCUAGAGCGCGAAGAUCAUUAAAUCUUGCUGAUGGAGGUGUGGCGCAAGGUGAGGAUCAGAAGAUAACAAUAGGGAAUACAUACCGCGGGGCGGAGAGGACCAGCUUCUAUGGGGCGUUGUAA